AUGGCGGGUAGCCUCCUCGCAGACAUUUCACGCUUGGGCCCGGAAAACGAGUUUUCAGACGUUCUGAUAACUGCCGGUGAUCAUCGCCGUGAAGCAAACAGUGUCAUCCUAGCAGCACGCUCCCCAGUGUUCAGAAACAUGUUGGCUUCGCGCAUGCUGGAAGGUCAGCUGCUGUAUGGUAAGCGACACGUUCAUUUGCAGGACAUACCUAGAGCUGUUCUGGAUCAGCUGCUGCACUGGUGUUACACAGAUUCAGUGUCGAACCUGGAUAUGUCUGAGAGCAUGGACCUGUUGAUGGCAGCCGAUCGCUUCGAGCUGUCAGGGCUAGUCCUGAGAUGCUCCCAGCGGCUUUCCAAGAUGUUUGGCACGGCUGAUCUCCCGGAAGUGCUUGAGCUGACGAAGAGGUUUUCAUGCACGGCACUCUGGGAUUGCUUGGCACCAGUGAUUGCCAAGGCAUGUCCGGGAGAUGAAGGUGUCUUUGCAGACAUGCCAGACAGGCUGAGGCAGAAGGUGCUACAGGAGCGACAGCAUAAUCUCGAACGGCGGGCCAUCGGCCUGCGUGAGCGCCUUUCAAUGGUCCCAGCACCGCGGCCUUCGAUCGUCUUCUGGCGCCAGCAACUUUCGGAACACGACCAGCAGGAACUCGUCGAGGAGGCCGUGCUUAAAGAGGGCGGGGUGCCAGCCCUCUUCCAUGGUCUGCGCGAGAAGCUCCCUGGAUUUUUGCGGGAGGCCUGCCAGAAGCGGUGGGAAGCCUUGGAUGCUUCCACGAAGCAAAGGUUCGAGGCCCGCGCGAUCGAGGACGCGGAAAAGUCCGAAGAGGCUCACGCUCGCCUGGAAGAGGAGCUUGAAGAUGUCCGCCGUGAGCUGAAGCUUCUUCGGGCUUAA